UCGAGGCACAGCCGGCCGUGUGCGCUGGCGUCCGUCGCGCCUCUCUGGGAUUUUCGCGGACAAGUACCGAACACACACACACACACACACACCAUGCAGGGCCCCUGCACGCUCGCCGCAGCCGCCGCGCUCGCCGCCGGCUACCUCCUCUACAAGCGGCACAAGCGGAUGCGCGCGCCUGUGAUGGAGCUCCCUCGGCUGGAUGGCAAGACCUGCACCCCGUCCGAGGUGUGCGCGCUGCUGCGCUCGCACGGAGUAGUAGUCAUCGACGAGGCCGUUCCGGGAGAGGUCAUGGAUCGCGUCGUCGCCGAAUUGGACGGGGUGGGUGGCACCUUUGUCGGCGGAAAGCACUCCUUUGCGGGCCACCACACGCGACGAAACGCCGCCAAACCGCUCGGCGAGUCGACCACAGUCCAGGAGCUGGCAGUCCACCCGACGGCGCUCGGCGGCGGCGAGGCGCUCCUCGGGCCGUGGUGCAAGAAGGUCUGCCUCGGAACUUGCUCGUGCAUCUCGGUCGAGCCUCACGGGGCGCUGGGAGACGACGAGCCGUGCGGCAGCCAGGUCCUACACCGCGACGACUCGAUGUGGGGGGCCUCGUCAUGGCGCUGGCUGCCGCAGACGCCGCUCGAGGGCCGCCCGCAGCUCUCCGUCUCGUGCAUGUGGGCCGUCGCCGACUUCACCGCCGGCAACGGCGCCACUCGCUUCCUCCCGGGGAGCCACACCUGGUACCGCGACGGCGACGGCUACGGCGAGGCGGAGCUGCCGCCCGGCGUCUCCGACGCGGCCCACGCGGUGCAGGCGGCGAUGCGGAAGGGCUCGUGCGUCCUCUGGGCGGGCGGCACGCUGCACGGCGCCUCGGGGCAGCGGAAGGGCAACACGGCCUCGCGCCGCGGGCUCCUCUUCAUCUACAACCUCGGCUACCUCAAGCCCGAGCACAACUUCCACUGGUCGAUGCCGCACGAGGUGAUGAUGACGUUUGGCGAGAGGCUGCUCGACCUGAUUGGGUACACGGGCGCCAACGCGGUCGACCACCCGUGGUACCGCGGGCCGGUCUACACGCAGCCCUACCUCGGGGGAGGACGCGGCUCGACGGCGGGCGACGGCGUGCAGUUCUGAGGGCUAGUCCCGGGCAGGCGGCGCGCCCCUGCUGGUGGGAACCAGAGCCGGUCCCGCGAUACCCCCUCCACUACGAGGAGGAGCUGCGGCGCUCAAUGUACAAGGACUAGUGGCUGUAUUCUUUCUGUCUGUCUGUCUCGCGUUCGUACUGUACGCCCCAUUCUGUUGCGGGAGCUGGCCUGUCCCUUAGGGCCUGUCCUUUGGGGGCAGGUCGCUCACCGCCACGUGCACUGCGCCUUGCACAUUGAUUUUGGGGCUCCUGCCGCUAGAAGUCCUCGUGCCCGGGUAUGCGGGUGUGGAGAUGCACGGAAUUCUUU